AUGUCUGCCGUGCCUUCUUCCACUAAUAGUGCUUCAUUUGACUCCAUUUUAAAGAUAUUAUUGAUCGGUGAUUCAGGGGUAGGAAAAUCAUGUUUAUUAAUUCGUUUUGUGGACGAUAAAUUCAAUCCAUCAUUUAUUACUACAAUCGGUAUCGAUUUCAAAAUAAAAACUAUUGAUAUCAACGGUAAAAAGAUUAAGUUACAAUUGUGGGAUACUGCUGGUCAAGAACGUUUUAGAACUAUUACCACAGCUUACUAUCGGGGUGCUAUGGGCAUCAUCUUAGUUUAUGAUGUUGGUGAUGAAAGAACGUUUACUAAUAUAAGAGAAUGCUGGUAUAAUACAGUUACUGCUAAUGCAUCUAGUGAUUGUCAAUUAAUGCUAGUCGCCAACAAAUGUGACGACGAUGUUGAAAGAGUAGUUACUACGGAACAGGGAGAAACCCUGGCCAAAGAAUUAGGUAUGCCAUUUAUCGAAGCCAGUGCUAAAAAUAAUAAGAAUGUCGAUGAAAUUUUUUUUAGGAUAGCCAAAUUGAUUCAAGAAAAGAUUGAUAGCGAUAAAGUUGUUAAUGAGAAUAGUACUAGUACAGAAGGUGUGAAUAUUAAUAGUAAUAGUACGCAAUCGUCUAAAAAUAAUUGUUGUUAA